AUGGCCGUUUCCCAUCGCUGUGGUCACUUCGGCACUGCCCCGGCUGCAGUGCAGGCCCAGCGAAGGAAUGGCUGGUCUUCCGGGCCGGGUUGGUGCCAUGGAAACUCGACUAAUCCGCUCUUUCUUUCCCUCCAGUACAUCGGGAGCCUGGAUGUGCCGCGGCCGAACAGCAGGGUGGAGAUCGUGACGGCGAUGCGGCGGAUCCGGUACGAGUUUAAAGCCAAGAACAUCAAGAAGAAGAAAGUGAGCCUCAUCGUCUCGGUGGACGGCGUGAAGGUCAUCCUGAAGAAGAAGAAGAAGAAAAAAGAGUGGGCCUGGGAUGAGAACAAGAUGCUCAUCAUGCACGAUCCUAUCUACAGGAUAUUCUACGUGUCCCACGACUCCCAGGAUCUAAAGAUCUUCAGCUACAUUGCCAGAGAUGGGUCUAGUAACGUCUUCAGGUGUAACGUCUUCAAGUCCAAGAAGAAGAGCCAAGCCAUGCGCAUCGUCCGCACCGUGGGGCAGGCGUUCGAAGUCUGCCACAAGCUGAGCCUCCAGCACACGCAGCAGAACGCGGACGGGCAGGAGGACGGCGACAGCGAGAGGAACGGCGACGAGCUGGACGUCCCAGGCUUUUUCCUGCAGCCCCCCUGGCAGCGCGCGCACUCACGCGGGAUGCCGCUGUCGUUGCAGGGCUGUCUGCACUCAGAGAGCAUCCUCACGGCGUCGCCCAAAAUGCUGCUGCCCUCGUCCGCGCAGCUGCCCGACGUGGGCACGCCGCUCUCGGCCCACCACCAGAUGCAGCUCCUGCAGCAGCUCCUGCAGCAGCAGCAGCAGCAGACACAAGUGGCCGUGGCGCAGGUUCACUUGCUGAAGGACCAGCUGGCCGCCGAGGCCGCCGCGCGCUUGGAGGCCCAGGCUCGCGUGCACCAGCUCUUGCUCCAGAACAAGGACCUGCUGCAGCACAUCUCGCUCCUGGUGAAGCAGGUGCAGGAGCUGGAGCUGAAGCUCACGGGGAACAGCACCAGUAAGGGCUCCUUCCUGCUCCGCUCCCCUCGCAGCCGGCAGAGCCGCGGCGCCGCGGCCGCCUCCUCAGCUGUGCCCUUCUCUUGGGUGGUUCUGUGCUCCGAGCAGAACCCCUGUCCCGCUGUGUCGAGCUGA